ACAACAUCGAGAUAAUCGAGUCCUUUAUUUACAGAAAAAAUUAAAAAAUAUUUGUUUAUGUUCUACACCGUUGUUUUUUUGUUUACCGGAGUGUUAGUGAUGGCUUGGAGGAGUCAUGGUAUAAAUAACGCUGAUUUGGUGCGCAAUCUUAGAGCAAAUGGCAUUAUUAAAUCUGAUGCAGUGGCUAAUGCUAUGAACUCUGUGGAUCGCAAGAACUACUGUCCCUAUGCUCCGUACCAUGACUCUCCGCAGUCCAUUGGUUACUCGGCCACCAUCAGCGCUCCACACAUGCACGCCCAUGCACUUGAAAGGCUUAAAAACCAAUUGAUUCCUGGUGAAAAAGCCUUAGACGUUGGCUCUGGCUCUGGAUACUUGACUGCUUGUAUGGCGUUCAUGGUUGGAGAGACUGGCCGAGUCAUAGGCAUAGACCAUAUUCCCGAGCUCGUUCAACUAGCUACAAAAAAUAUUAAGAAAGAUAAUCCUGCCUUGUUGACUUCUGAGCGUAUCAAACUAAUUGCCGGGGAUGGGAGAGUUGGCUACGAAGCUGAAGCCCCAUACAACGCUAUCCAUGUCGGCGCCGCGGCACCCACACUUCCACAAGCUUUAAUAGAUCAAUUGAAGCCAGGAGGUAGACUCAUAGUUCCAGUCGGGCCGGAGGGCGGAGAGCAACAUUUGACACAGGUGGACAAGGCAGCGGACGGGUCACACACGGUCAAAAAGCUGAUGAGCGUCAUCUACGUGCCUCUGACCGACAAGGAGCGGCAGCACCGUACUUGGCGUUAAAUUCUGAAACUAAGAAGUGCACUGCCUUCGUUCCUACCGAACCUAUGACCUGUCUAUCCUCCUUGGACCCUGCGUACAAAUUCUUGUACUUAAUUCACAAUCUAUUUUGAUUUCAACUUUUAAUUUACUAAGUGCCACUUGGACCAUUUCACUAACUGGUUAACCCCGGGUUAGUGGGAUGGUGCGAGUGUUUCGAAUUCAAAAACUAGUGGGUCUCAGGGGGCUAUGUAUCUGACUGAGCUUUAUAUAAAAUGUAUAAGGUGCUUUAGGGCCACUUCGAAAGGGGGGGUGAAUUUAAAAAUCGAUAAUAUCUAAACUAGAUGCACUUCCACUGUUGCAAGAGUAGGCAAAAUGCCUUGAUAAUCGUUGCAGUGCAAUUUCCAAAAUUAAGUACCCCAUUGUCGAAGUU